AUGUCGAAGAGAUCACGUCAGGAUCAAGAGUUCCAAGAAGCAACGGGGGAACCUAUCUUCUCCCCCAUCACUCUCCUCUCCAGCCUAUCUUCUCCCCCAUCACUCUCCUCUCCAGCCUAUCUUCUCCCCCAUCACUCUCCUCUCCAGCCUAUCUUCUCCCCCAUCACUCUCCUCUCCAGCCUAUCUUCUCCCCCAUCACUCUCCUCUCCAGCCUAUCUUCUCCCCCAUCACUCUCCUCUCCAGCCUAUCUUCUCCCCCAUCACUCUCCUCUCCAGCCUAUCUUCUCCCCCAUCACUCUCCUCUCCAGCCUAUCUUCUCCUCCAUCACUCUCCUCUCCAGCCUAUCUUCUCCCCCAUCACUCUCCUCUCCAGCCUAUCUUCUCCCCCAUCACUCUCCUCUCCAGCCUAUCUUCUCCCCCAUCACUCUCCUCUCCAGCCUAUCUUCUCCCCCAUCACUCUCCUCUCCAGCCUAUCUUCUCCCCCAUCACUCUCCUCUCCAGCCUAUCUUCUCCCCCAUCACUCUCCUCUCCAGCCUAUCUUCUCCCCCAUCACUCUCCUCUCCAGCCUAUCUUCUCCCCCAUCACUCUCCUCUCCAGCCUAUCUUCUCCCCCAUCACUCUCCUCUCCAGCCUAUCUUCUCCCCCAUCACUCUCCUCUCCAGCCUAUCUUCUCCUUCUCUCACAGAAGUGGCACUGUCGUAUUUUUCUAAACUUGUCUCUCUUCAAGUGUCCAGCAGUGGACGUCAAGUGUUGACCCCUCCAAGUCACCAGUGGCCAGAAUCAAUUACUUAA